AUGGCAGACAGUGAGACUAGCGCGCAGUCACUACGGGGGUCCCUGGAGUUCCCGAGCAUCCAGCGAAUCAAGGGGCUGCGGCGAUCAGCAUCGGCAAACAGCCGGCGGCACCCGCGGCCGGUGAUUACGCGUGUGGACGCACCGGCACCAAUAACCACGUCAGUUCCAGCACUGGACGUACUGAUGCAGCAGCGCAUGCAGCGCAAAGACACUGAAUCCUGGGAGGCAUCCAUAUCAGACACGGCGAAGUGUGCGCAGCAUGUCGGACUUAACCCAGUGCCCGCCAUCGCCAACAGCGCGCGUGACGGAGCUGCUGGAUCGCAUUGUUCCCGAUGCCCCCAGCAGAUGCGCGGCUUACAUCACGACUACUUUGUGGUGGCAACAGUGGAUGGGCAGCCGACAGUGCCGGAGAGAUACCAGUGCCCGACGGCCAUGUGCAGUGCGUCGUUUGCCAGCUUCGAGGGCCUUCGGGCGCAUUGGAGCCAGCAUCCGUGGAAUCGGCGCGGCGUGCUGGUGCCAGUGACGGCGGGCGGGAUCCGCCGGCUUAGUUUCUGGCAGCACAAGGUCAAAUACGUCAAGUCGGUGUUGAUGGGCAGGUAUCGCGGCGAUGGGCAGGGGGCGCGGUGGGGGAAAGCUGCGGUCGGGGUUGGGGCGGUGUCCAUGUCAGAUUUGGGCGACAUCAGCCUCAGAGGCCCAAGGUCGUAUCUUGUGUCGCCACGCAUUCUGCCGAUAGAGCAGGUGCGCAAGUGGGAAGAGCAUAGAAGCAUACCCGGAUAA